AUUUCUGUCAACUGAAAUAGUAGUAAAAUUCUUCUUCUUUCUCUCUCCCUCUAAAAAUUGGAUUGAAGAAGAAAACGAUGCAAAAUUCUCGCAAUCAAUAAAAUUUCUUCUACUUUUAUAAAAUUUUGUAAAUAUAGGUUUUAUUUUUCAAUAUUUUGUUCUUUUAUUGGUUAAUAAUAGAGUUUUAGUUGAAUCAAAUUAGGGUUUAAUUGAGGAUAAAGAUGGAUGAAUUGAAUGAAAUCGACUGGGAUAAUUUGUUUCCAGAAGGCGAAUUUGAAUUCUUCUCAGAUGUUCCUCCAUCAUUGGAAGAUGAUGCAACAACUGGAAUCGCAAAAGAGAAUACAAUCGAGUCGUGGGUUGAGGAGUUGCUGAUGAAGGAUGAUGAAGAACACGAUAUUAAUCAAGCACAAUUAGAAUUAAGCAAUGAUAUCUUAUGGUAUGAUAUUCUGCUUGAUACACCUCAGCCGUCCGAUGAACCGGCUUCACUUCCGAAUUCGAAUUCAUCUAGUUGUUCGAAUUCCGAGGAUAAUGUUGCUAAGAUAAAUAGUAAUUGUAGUGGUGGUGAUGUCCCCAAUUUUGAAUCAAAUGGUGAGAAAUCUGAGAAUGAUAAAUCUGGGGAUGAUGUUUUGGACCUCGAUGAUGACACUGAUCAUGAUGAUCCCCUCUCCAAGAAACGUAAAAGACAAUUGAGAAAUAGAGAUGCCGCGAUGAGAUCAAGAGAAAGGAAAAAGAUGUAUGUCAAGGAUUUGGAGAUAAAGAGUCGUUAUAUGGAAGCGGAAUGCAGGAGAUUGGGGAGGUUGCUUCAGUGUUGUUAUGCCGAGAAUCAGAUGUUGCGUAUUUCCUUGGGCAGUGCGUAUGGUGCGUCCAUGGCCAUUCCGGAGUCUGCUGUGCUCUUGUUGGAAUCCCUGCUGUUGGUUUCCCUGGUUUGGUUAAUGGUCAACAUAUGCCUGCUGCCCCAACUGCGCCUGCAAAAUCAGGACGCAGUUCCACACGAAAGCGUGGAGAGAAAAGAACGGGAAAGCGCAACACUAAAAAGAAAGAGAAUGAAGGUCACUGAACUGUGUGUGACCCUUUCUUUCAUGAGGAGUAAGAGAUGCAGAGCUUCAAGGACCAAGAUGAAGUCUGAUUUUGAACAUACUACUGUGUUAUGCAACUGAAAUCCUUUCUCCGAUGCUUCCAGUUUUUAUGGUAUUGCUGGAGAAAGCUGGUUCUCAGCCUUAACUUUUACAUAGGAUGUAGGGAGAGGUACUCUACUGGAAAGUGUGUUUAGGAAGUGAUCUCCUUCCCCCCUCCCUCCCCAACCUCUUUCAGGUUCCCCGAUGUUUCAUAUCAGUAACACCUUAAUACUAGUGUAACAAACUAUCUUUUUUGUUUUGAUUUCUUUCUCUUUCUCCCCUUCCUGUAUGACCUUCUCUGCGCUCUCUUGUGAAAUUUCAGGACGGUUUAUCCUUGUAUUAAGUAUAAGAUUUUCAAAAUUCAUAUUAUUGUCAUUAACACUUUUGUUUGGC